UGGGAUCUGUUAAAUCAAAUCGUUACUUUGUUAGAGCCAUUUGAUGAUGCCACUACUUAUUUUAGUGGUUCACAGUAUGCUACCUUAUCUAUUAUAUAUUCUUUAAUUGAAGCACUUAAAUAUAUAUUUGUUGAAUUCGAUAUAACAAGUGAUGCUCAAAACAAUAAACAAAAUAAACCUAACUUUUGCCACGAAGAAUUAUCAGAUGAUGAUAGUGAUAAUUUAGAAUUUGAUACUUCAGAAUUAACUGUUGAUUCUUCUCAAAUCAUCAAUUUGUUGGCAUCACUUUUGAAUUCACGACUAAGAACACUUUCUAAUUGGGAUGAAGAAACCCAAGAAAGAGCCAAAGCUAAGUUAACUCAUCAAUUUAAAAAUAUAGCUACUUCAAAUUAUGAAUAA